CCAACACUUCGUUUUGUUCUUUCCGACCAGCGAAUUUUAGUUUGUAACAAUGAAAUUGGUUUUCAGCCAAAGAAUGUUGACGCUAUAUGCGAUAUAGGUGCAUCGACUAAAGGCAAACACAAGGAAGGCUACGCUGGACACAAAGGUAUUGGAUUCAAGUCAGUAUUUAUGGUUUCGAACCGACCCGAGAUCCAUUCUGGAGAGUAUCACUUUUGUUUCGAUACUGUCGAUGGUACGCAUAAGAUAGGUUACAUUUGUCCGAUUUGGUUAGAUCAUUACGAAGAAAGCUUACCGAAUACUAAAGAAUGGACAACUUGUAUGCGUUUACCAAUACAACGAACUUGUCGACUUCAGGGCGAUUUCAAUGAUCUUCAGGCGAGAAUAUUACUCUUUCUCAAUCGUUUACGACGAAUUGAAAUAGUGAAUCAAUCAGUAAACAGUUCGAACAAUGAUCAAUGUCGAGUUUUUACUCGAAUUGAUCACGCUGAUGGCAAAAUCAUUGAAUUGCAAGAGAAAUCAAUCAAUGGUGCAGUAAUCAAAACUUUUUGGCUCGUUGUAAAGAAAGUUCUUGAAGUACCACAAAAUAUCAAGGUAACAUCAGUUUCCGAAACUUCGACAAAU